CAGCCACCAUGGAUAUGAGCCACAUACAGCCCCUCAAACUGGUCCAGGUUACCAAGGUGCUGGGUCGGCUGGGUUCGCAGGGCCAGUGCACCCAGGUUCAUGUUGAAUUCAUGGAUGACACCAGUAGAUCCAUCAUCCAGAAUGUAAAGAGGCCUGUCCAUGAGGGGGAUGUCCUGAUGCUGCUGAAAUCUGGGCAUGAAGCAAGGAGAUUACGCUGAUCUGCGUGCUGCAGCUCAAUGGCAAGCCUGAUGUGACUACCAUUUCUGAUUUCCUCUAAUGAAGAGGCGACAGUUCAUACCUACUCCGCUUGACUUAAUGAAGGGGAAUGUUGUGUU